AUGAGCACUGCGUUGCCUUCUAUACAAUUGUCUGUGGAUUACCAGACGCUGCUGAGCGAGAUCAGCGAUUUCUUGCAGCACUUCAAAGUGGACGAGGUUGGUGCCGCCGAUGACUCUGCCACUAUUGACGCGGAUGUGAACAUUGACGAUGCGGAGGAACUGAUGAAGCGCGGGCCCAAGUACAUGUACCUGCUGCAGCAGAUCGCGAACAGGGAGCGGGAUACCAUAGAGAUCGAGCUGAAUGACGUGCUGAGGUUCCAGAACGAGAAGUUCUUGGAGGGCGGGGUUGCGCAGGAUCUUGUGGCGCUGAUCCAGAAGAAUGCGAACCACUUCAUUGACCUAUUUUCGCGCUGUAUUGACAGUGUGAUGCCUCUGCCCACCAAGGAGAUAAGCUACAAAGACGAUGUCCUGGACGUGAUACUGAACCAGAGGCGAUUGAGGAAUGAAAGAAUGCUUUCGGACAGAACUAACGAGAUCAGAAGCGAGAUGGACACUGACACCACGUCAAACGAUAUCAUGAGAGAGUUGGCGCAGGACGAAACAGAGACUUUCCCCGCAAACUUGACCAGAAGAUACACUGUGUACUUCAGACCGCUGACCAGAUCCUACGCAGUACGUUACAAUAGCAAGAAAUAUCUGACAGGGUCAAUCCCACUCUCAGUUAGACAGAUCAAAGGUGAACUCCUUGGUGAAUUAAUAACAGUAAGAGGUAUCAUCACAAGAGUCUCAGAUGUCAAACCGGCAGUAACAGUUAUAGCUUACACUUGUGACCAAUGUGGUUACGAAAUUUUCCAAGAAGUGAACUCAAAGACGUUCACACCUUUAGUCGAGUGUACUUCAAGAGAGUGUUCCCAAAAUCAAACCAAGGGUCAAUUAUUUAUGAGUACGAGAGCUUCCAAGUUUAAUGCUUUCCAAGAAUGUAAGAUUCAGGAACUAUCACAACAAGUGCCAGUAGGCCAUAUCCCAAGAUCAUUAACAAUACACGUCAACGGUCCACUGGUGAGAAGCGUUACGCCCGGUGAUAUUGUUGACAUAGCUGGUAUCUUUUUACCUUCUCCAUACACAGGUUUCAAAGCAUUAAAAGCAGGUCUAUUAACUGAAACCUACCUGGAAGCACACCAUGUUCGUCAACACAAGAAGAAAUUUGCAUCUUUCCAAAUGACUCCUCAGGUUCGUUCCAACGUCGACGCCCUUGCCCAAUCUGGAAAUGUCUAUGAGAGACUGGCAAAGUCCAUUGCACCAGAAAUUUACGGUAAUUUAGAUGUCAAGAAAGCUCUACUGCUUCUACUGGUUGGUGGUGUCGAUAAAAGAGUCGGAGAUGGUAUGAAAAUCAGAGGUGACAUUAACAUCUGUUUGAUGGGUGAUCCGGGUGUUGCUAAAUCCCAACUUCUAAAGGCAAUUUGUAAAAUUACCCCAAGAGGUGUCUACACUACUGGUAAGGGUUCCUCAGGUGUUGGUUUAACUGCAGCUGUCAUGAAAGAUCCUGUAACAGACGAAAUGAUCCUAGAAGGUGGUGCUUUAGUUCUAGCAGAUAACGGUAUCUGUUGUAUUGAUGAGUUCGACAAGAUGGACGAAAGUGAUAGGACAGCAAUCCAUGAAGUCAUGGAACAACAAACCAUCUCCAUUUCGAAAGCAGGUAUUAACACCACUUUGAAUGCCAGAACCUCCAUCUUGGCCGCUGCCAAUCCACUUUAUGGUAGAUACAAUCCAAGACUAUCGCCACUAGAGAAUAUUAAUCUGCCUGCUGCACUAUUGUCUAGAUUCGAUGUUAUGUUUUUGCUACUAGAUACUCCAAACAGAGAGAACGACGAACAACUGGCGAACCACGUCGCCUAUGUGCACAUGUAUAAUAAACAACCGGACUUGGACUUCGAACCAAUUGAACCAACUAUGAUGAGAGAAUUCAUCGCUUAUGCUAGAACCAUGAGACCGGUAAUGACUGCUGAGAUCAACGAUCAUGUUGUAUCCGCAUACAUUCGUCUGAGACAAGACUCAAAGAGAGAAAUGGACUCUAAGUUUUCUUUUGGGCAAGCUACUCCCAGAACAUUACUUGCCAUUAUUAGAUUAUCACAAGCCCUUGCUAAAUUAAGAUUGUCGGAAACUGUAGAUAUUGAUGAUGUUGAAGAAGCAUUGAGACUAAUCAGAGUAUCAAAGGAAUCUCUAUAUCAAGAGAAUCGUAAAAGGGACGAGGACUCCAACCCUACCACUAAAAUUUUCACCAUCAUUAAGAAAAUGUCUCAAGAAGGUGACUACAAGGGCUCUCUUCCUUAUGAUAGCAUUGUAAAGACCGUUAGAUCAAGAGGUUUCACAAUGUUACAAUUGAACAACUGUAUCCAGGAAUACUCUUUCCUAAAUGUUUGGCAUUUAAUUAAUGAAGGUAACACAUUGAAAUUUGUUGACGACGAGGAUCAAUCUUCGCAGGACAUCGAAAUGGCAUAG